AUGAGCUCGAACGUUCGUACCGAUUGCUUCUUCAAUCUUACUACCGACGAACGUAUCGACCUUUUUAAGCGUCGUCAAGGUCUUCGAAUCGACAAUGUGUUUCGCACCUUCUUCGGUUGGGUGGUAUUACCGCUAGCAUUGCUGGGAGUUCUCCUUGUUACACUAUUCAUACUUGCAACAUAUCGAGCCAUUAAAGCUAGAGUGGUCAGUCGGAAAUGCUAUAUCCUGUUGCUGAACAGAGCCGUUGGCGAUCUGGUCUCCUGCAUUGUUGCACUGCUUGUCUGUGGUUACGUGUUGAUGUGGCACGAAAUAAACCGUGACAUGGUGAUUUUGAUGGAAUCGUUUUUCAUUGGAUCAUUUUGGUCUGCAAUGGUAUCCUAUGUGGCUCUUUCAGUCCUUAAGCUGUUUGCUGUAUGGAAACCAUUCCAAUACCGAAAAUGGUUUACAAUGAAGCGCUGCAUCAAUUUAAUCAUAUUCAGUUGGGUGAUGUUCAUUUUGAUGAUCAGCUAUACCCUUGGUAUUUCGGCAUUAGUGAAAAUACCCUCACUGAAUGAAUGGUCAGGUUGCAGAAUGGAAACAUGUCUCAGAAAUAUGUACAGAGCUCGCAACUUUGUCACGGUCAGUGUGUACGCCUUCACGUUGUCUGUCUUCUUCAUAACUGUGCUGUUGAUCCGGCGUGCGCAAAAGUUUGUGGAUUCUUUCAAGAAGCGAGACUCUACAAAAUCAGAAGGUGGUCGACGUGUACGAUUCCCAUUAUGGAAACUCGCACUCAAUGUUGGCACCUUCGCUGGGCUCUACUUGUUCUACGUUAUUUGGUGCGUCGGGCUCGUGAUAAAUCAGGAUCAGUGCUUCUUCCAACGUAACUAUGCGGAAAUGAUGCGAAUCCUUGCAAUUGUACGAUGUACAUUAUUGCUCCGGAUCCUUGUCGAUCCCAUACUGUCAUUUGCAACUGAUUACCAGGUAAGCAACCCGAAACUUCUUCUACAACGUGUGGAGUGUCAAAGUUGUAAGUACCAUUUUCUGUUUUUGCUGCUCUGGUGCAGCUAG